AUGGUCUAUAUUAUUGUAAAACAGACAUCGCUGGAAAAUAUUGCACCAGAGGUGAUUAAGCGUAUUGCUAGAGAGGUGGCAGAUAUAAAAGCCAAUCCACCUGAAGGCAUCUUGAUUAUCGAGGAUGAAUCCAAUAUACUGGAUAUUCAGGCAUGGAUACAAGGACCUGGAACCCCAUUCAAAACAGGCUGUUUUCGAGUAAAGUUAAUGCUGAACAGCUCUUUUCCACAAUCUCCACCUAAAGGUGUAUUUCUUACUCAAAUUUUCCAUCCAAAUGUAUCUGAAUCUGGCGAGAUUUGUGUCAGCACAUUGAAAAAGGAUUGGAAAAGCGAAUUUGGUAUCAAGCAUAUACUUUUGACCAUCAAGUGCUUACUUAUAGUUCCAAAUCCCGAAUCAGCAUUGAAUGAGGAAGCAGGUCGUCUGAUUCUAGAAGACUAUGAAGAGUUUAGCAAGCAUGCGAUAUUGAUUACCAAGAUUUAUGGACAAAACCCAGAUAUUGUGUUUACAAACAGCGAAGGGAGCAAUACCGCAUCUGAUGAUAAGAAAUCAGCAACAAAGACGAUCAAAGCCAUAGAAAAAGAGGACGGUAAUCAACUAGGCAAAUCGAGCGUGCAGAAACGUAGUGCUGAAAGUGCUUUGGAUGGUUCAAAAACGACCAAAGUUACUUUAGAUAAGCGACGUACGCUCAGACGGUUGUAA